GGAGCGCGGCGGGGCCUCCCUGGGCAGGGGGCGUCGCGGCUUCCAAGAGCGGAAGGCGUGGGGUGGCGUCGGCCGGGCGUGCCGGGCCUGGCCCCGCCUUCCUGGCCCCGACGCACCUGCGGACUCGCGGUCCCCGUGGUCCUCACCUGAGCGCAAGCAGGCUUCCCAGGGGAUUCCCCAGACCGCGCCUCGCCGCCAGGACGGGAGGGGGCGGCAGGGCCCCCAGCCCCGCCAGGGCAGGACAAGUCACAGAAGAUUGACGACCUGAUGGACGUGGUGGCGAGGCUGCAGAAAGGUCCUGUGUCCCGUGGUCAGGGGCUCGGCCUGGUGGGGAGCCUGGAGCCCCGAGUCGAGGUCCUGAUUAACCGCAUUAAUGAGGUUCAGCAAGCCAAAAAGAAAGCCAGCGAGGAGCUGGGGGAAGCCCGGACUGUGUGGGAAGCCCUGCAGAAGGAACUGGAUGUGUUGCAUGGAGAGAAAGCACGUGUGCAGGAGAUCCUGAACAAAAAGCAAGAGACCCUGAGGAUCCUCCGGCUGCACUGCCAGGAGAAGGAGAGUGAGGCACAGAGGAAGCACACCCUGUUGCAGGAGUACAAGGAGAGAAUUUUCGUCCUGACCUCCCAGAUUGAGGACGAGAAGAACAAACAGAGGCAGCUGAGGUUGAAUUUCGAGGAACAGUUGGAGGAGCUGAUGGGCCAGCACAAGGACCUGUGGGAGUCCCACUUUGAUGAAGAGGACGUCCACGGACACACCUGGGACCGUGACGGGCGCAGGCAGAUGGGGGGGGACCGACGCAGCCGGUGGUCUCAGGCACCAAACAGGAAACCAGAGAAUGAAAGCAGGGAAGGGUUGAAGGCCGGAGCGACUGGCGAGGGAGCUCUGCACCCUGGACAGCAGCAAGGAGCAGCUCCUCAAGGAAGAGGAGCUGGUCGGGGUGAAGCUGCAGGACGUGAAGCGGCAGCUGUGCUCCCUGUGUGGCGCCGAGGGGCCCGCCACUGUCCCCGAGGGACUCUUUCUCCGCAGCCAGGAGGCCGCAACAGCCGUGCAGCUGUUCCAGGAAGAGCACAGCAAGGCCGAGGAGCUCCUGGAGGCCAGUGCCCGGCGUCACCAGCAGCUGCAGCUGAAGUGCCAGCAGCUGCGGCAGAGGCGGCAGAGGCUGAAGGAGGAGCUGGAAAAGCAUGGCGGUCAAGUCCCUGCGGAGACCCAGAGCGGGCAGGAGCAGGGGGCUGCUCCAGGAGAGGGGGCCAUUCCCAAACCUGGAGAAGUCCGUGAGGAGACCGCCCUGGCGCCGUCCGUGGAGCAGGGCCUGGUGCCCGCCUAGACCAGGAAGACACAGCACACCCCACCUCUGAACCUGUCCCAGGGGGCGACGGAAAUAAAGGAGAGAAUUUGAUACAA